AUGGAGGACGACGAGGACACGCUGGACACGCAGCGCAUAGCGGAGAUCAGGAUGUUGACUUCGAGUCCAGUUCUGCCGCAGCCCGACGCGUCGCGUCUGCCUGAGCUCCCCGCCGCAGCACCAGCCAACCGCAACGCGCCAAACGCCGCUAUCGCCAUCGACGACGAGAAUCACCACCACAACCCCGACGCUCACCACAACGCAUCGCUGUCGAAUUCGCCAAGCGCACACGACCCGCAGCCGUUUGACCAUUGCACCGCCCGUCAUCCCCGCCGUACCUGCCGCUCGUCUGCCCUCAAUGCCCGUCCGAUCCCGCACCUAACGCCGCACCGAUCCGCUCCAAUUGUCGCUUCCGCAGCAACGCCGUUCGACGCGUCGCAGUACACGCAGCGCAGGAUGUACAACUCAUUUAGCGGGUUCGAGGGUGGUGACACCCAGCCCAUGGACUCGCAGCUGUACCGAGAGUACUCGACCGGACUUAAGGCGAUGCUCACACAUAAGGUUGCGCCAGGUGUGGUCGGCAACACGGACCAGACAGAAGACAAUGUCGAGCAAGCGACCUAUCAGGAGGGCCAUACGGGACAUGUCGACCUUCUCAGCGACUGGCAAAGUCCGGAGAAGAAGCACGAUGCCACAGAGACGCAAGUGUCAUUCGAUGGCUCCACGGAUGAUGUGGAGGCAGACAAGUUUGGUCCGGAUAUGCAGAUAGAUGCAGUCACCCAACCGCGAUUCGCGCAGCCUGAGACGCCUGCGACAACUGGGAAGAAGCGUAGCCGUCUUGGGGAGGUGCUGAGUUCAGUGACGCGCACGCCCGGCUCUGCCAUUACUCCCAGCCUGUUCAACAAUGGCACCGGUAUGCCAGUGUUCUCUAUGAGCCAAAUGUUCAACCAUACGCAAGGAAACUCCUCGCCGCAGCUCGAUGCUCAUCGCUCCGAUCCAAUCUUCCAACGCCCUUCGCCGAACCUCAACAUGCGAUUCUCAUCCGAUGCUCCCACUAACCUGUCUUCCCCUACGAAACCAUAUCAAAGUCCCUUCUCUCGCGCAGCUACUGAGCCUCGAGACACAUACACGUCCAUGAAAGAAUCUCAGGAUGUGCGCGAUCGUCAACGCGUGGCUGAAAUGGAAGUCGAGCUUGAACAACUCAAGUCUGAGGGAUGGGAUGAGUUCGAAGACGACAAAGCACAUGAACAAAGGAAAAACGAUAGGGCUGAAAUUGAAAACGAAAUACGAUUCCUGAAGAACCGGAUAAACGGCAACAUAAGGAAUCCUGCACUUACUCGGAGCGAUACGGCUUUGUUCACUCCUGCCAGGUUAAAUCUCAAGCAGAAGGCGGUUGUGGAGAUCCCGGAUGAGGUAGGAGACUCGGACUCAGAAGAUGAGCUAAUCUCUGAUCCGCCGACCAUCCAAAAACCCCUACGAUUGUCCCAGCCGAACGGUGUGCAGGUCCCCAUGACUUCCUCGCGACCACGGAGCUCUGUGCAAAGUCGACAAAUUCAUGAUGCUGAAUCUCCUUUGGUUACAGAUGGUACCCCUAGCAGUCAAAUCAGUGCUAAGAAGAGUCAGAGCCAUGUCAACAGAACAUUUAAGAAACUUCUCGAAGCCGGGGAUGAGGUGGCAGUUGCCGAUUCUCAACCACAUAAUUCGCAGACCCAGGAGGAUAGCAACCCAAUGCCGACCCAUGUUCCUGACGCAUCAUCCCUGGACACUCGCAUCGCACAAUCACAGUAUUCGGCCAUGACCGAUGGUAGGCGCGCGGAGGUGGACGCACACAUCAGCAAGACACUCAAGACUUCGUCUAUUCCCCGACCUCCCGUUAAUACCAGCCAGAUUGUUGCGGGGCUUGGCGACAGCGGGUAUGCGGAAGAUGCAGAGAAAGAAAUUCCAAGUAGUCCGCCGAUAUUUCCGCCCGCGGAUGAUGAUGACGAAAGUGACAAUGGUGAUCAUAUGAGAUAUGACCACGAGGAUCACGACGGGAUGGACAUGAACGACGACUACGAUAAGCCUGACUGUACCCAAAUGGAUGAUGACGAAGGACCCGAUUACAUGGAUUCCUCUAGCAGAGGCAGUGAGCAAGGGGAUGAUGAGGAUGAGGUUGCCACUGUUGUCGCUCGUGAGGAUGAAGGUCAUGUAGGGGGCCAUGGAGACCGUGUGGAAGCGGAUGAGAUGGCCAAAACACAGAAAGAGCAAGAGGCGCAUGAUGUUGCUGAUGAUCACGAAGACAACAGUGAGAAUGUCGGAAGAGGAGAAGCUAACGCGAACAUGACCGCAACACAAGCAAAGAAAACGGGGGAAACGCAAAACACAAUUCCUGAAACAGACCCAUUUGAUGAGGAACCUGCUUCUUCCUCUCAACAGCAAGCAGCGGAUCACUCUGCUGCAAAUGCCGAUACUACUCAAAACGCCGACAACGACACCGCGGCAGAUAAUGCACCAAGUGCUAGUCAGCAAGAGGAUCAAAACGACGCUACCUCCAUUGUAACCAAGUCUCGGGGAACAAAUUACUACAACACCGCACAUGCACACCUUUCCGCUCCAGCUUCGCCUCGCAAGUCGCAACAAAGCCCCUUGAAGCAUUCAAGCCAGCGAACACCUCGAUCCUCUCGUCCUGUUCGUCGUCUCACCGACAUCGCUGCAGACCCUUCCCAACGCAACGAGCCGCUUGAUGAGCUGGAAGAUGCUAUGGAGAUCUUGAACGACGACGAUAGAGAGUUUGCGGAAGUCAUGGCUUUGUCACGUCCCGACUCUGGCUCAUCGCCCUUCCGUCCCGCUAAGCGCAUGAAGACGUAUGGCCAUCGAGCUCUGCGCGAAUCACCUAAGAAGGCGAACAGGCCGCCGUCCGUGUCUCCCACUCCGGAGAAUGGGAAACUAGUUCAAGACGUGGAGACGAAUGAGAAUGAGCAAGUUGCUGAAGCAGAUAUGGUUUUCACCAAGCCUGCCGCUUUGAAGAAAGCUAGAGCUUUGGGCCGUCUAGCCGAGAACCAGCCGCCGAAAAAGCAAUCAGAAAAGGGUACCGCGGCAGAGUCCACUAAGCCAAGGAGUGCUCGUCAAUGUCCUAAAGCUACUGAGAAGCCUCAGGUCCGAUCGAAAGAGGUGUCAGGCAAAAGACGUGCGAAGCCUGCAGACCCUACGAAUGAGCAGGAAGGUCUGGACAAUGCAGUGCAGAAUGAGGAUGUCGACGAGGAUCAGCAAGAAGAACCCAAUGAUCACCCUGCCUCACACCAGGACAACGCACAAGAGAUUCUGGCUGAGCCUACCCAGAUUGUCGCCCCCAACCGAAUUUUCGCGCUCUUCAAAGGCUUCAAAUCUGCAUAUUACCCCGCUACUUGCCUUGGCCGCUCACUCAAUGACGGGGGUCAGUAUCGCGUUCGUUUUGACGAUGGUACUGUCGUAAAUAUUGAGAAGAUGCAUGUACGCAGCUGUCAUUUGAAGGAUGGCGACGUAGUCAAAGUCGAUCUUCCAAAUAUGCGGAAGCACACGUACAUUGUACGGGCUUUCAAGGACAUUCUAUCUGCUGAGCAGGUUGAGGAGUCCACUACCGAAGAGACAACUGUCCCUACAGAUGUUUACGGUGCUAAAACAGUCGUCCUCGAAGCCAAGCCGCGAGGCACCUCAGCAGAGACCGUGGAAGUCCCUUUGGCCUACCUCUACAUCACGACCUCUAUGUGGAUUCACUUCAAAGAUCGCGUUUUCUCUCACCCAUCCGAGGCUCUUGAAGUCAAUGUGCGACCGCAGACGCCUUCCACAAACAUGUCUGUUCCCGGCACGCCGGCUUCUGGGAAGACUCGCCGGACGGUGGUUCCGACACCUGGAGGGUCCGUUCAGCGUCCUGGUACUGCUGCACCACCACCUUUGACCUCCAGUCUCUUCUCCGGCAUGGCCUUUGCAUUGACACUACAUGGACCUGAUGAUGAGCGCAAUAGUAUCACUAAGCUCAUUCUUGAAAAUGGCGGCCGUGUCCUCGACCCUGGGUUUGAGAUCCUAUUCUCAAGCAGUACUUCAGACGCGACGAGCCCUAUGAAAACGCCUCUUACCGUCUCGAAAACUCCCAAAGCCACGCCUGCCGAAAAGAAGAAGGCUGCCGCACGAUCCUCAGAGUCGACUUCUGCCACCCUCACAUUGAACGCACAGGCUAGUGCCCUCGGCUUCGUCGCACUCAUCUCCGACAAGCACUCUCGCCGCGCCAAAUACAUCCAAGCUCUCGCCCUGGGCCUGCCGUGCCUCUCGUAUCACUGGCUCCUGGAUUGCCUGUCAUCUCACACCCUCCGCCCCUGGCAGCUCUACCUCCUCCCCGCCGGCGAGUCGGCGUUCCUGUCCGGCGCGGUCCGCAGCCGCGUCCUCGCUUCGCACUACGACCCGGCCGGCGACGACGCGAGGCUGGAAGCCGUGCUGAGCCGCCGCCAGCGCCUGCUCGAGGGAAAGAGCGUGUUCCUCGUGUUGUCCAAGGCCGAGCGCGGCCGCGCGUACCGGUUCCUCACGUCGGCCAUGGGCGCCACGCGCGUCGCUUGGUGCCGCGAUGUGAAGGAGGCGCGGAAGCGGCUGGAGAGCGGCGAGGAGGUGUGGGAUUGGGUUUACGUGGAUGGGGCGGAGGAGCAGCUCUUCCCGAGUCUUGCUGCUGCUACUGCUGCUGCCACUCCGUCGGUGGCGGCGGGGAAGAAGAGGAAGCGUGGUGGUGGUGCCGCCGCUGCUGGUGGUGGUGCCGGUCCUACGUCGUUUGCGUCGGCGGUGUCGGAGAGGACGGUGGGGAGCUCGGUCGUGGCGUCUUUUGCGGAGAGCGUUGGCGCUGAGAGGGAGAAGGAGACUGGAGGCGUGAAGGUGGUUGAGGUGGGUGGGAGGAAGGUGAAGGUUGUGGGAGACGAGUUCGUGAUUCAGAGCUUGAUCCUGGGAGCCUUGCUCGAGUGA